UUUCUACCAGAUGCAGCCUCCUCUUCUUUUUCUAUCAGGCACAGCCUCCUCUUCUUUUUCUACCAGGUGCACCCUCCUCUUCUUUGUCUACCAGACUGUGUGUUGACAUGCUGGCUGCUCUGGAGGCAGUGAGGAUGGGAUAUGUCCCAGGCUGGUCCGGUCCAGCCCAGACCACAGAAGAGGUGGACCUAGAGGUUAUAGAAGAGUACCUGCAGGAACAUUCCCUAGAUGUCCAACACUCCCACAUUCCUCCCACGACCCUCGCCACGCCCCCCCAGCUCUCACACACACACCAACACCUGGGAAGCAGCCUCAUAGAGAACCACUGGUCAGGUCACUAUGCCUAUGAGUGGCGCAUCAACUCUAGCACUCAUAAUAAGGAAUUUCAAGGACAGGCUCCAUGCACAGAAUGGCCUAGUCACCAUGGAAACCAUUGGGAGCAGAGGACAUAUUCCUAUGAAACAGUUAGCUGGAGUGACUCUGACUCCCAGUCAACUGCCUACCCCCCUUCCCCCACCACAUACAUCCACUCCCCGACUGCUCACCCCCCCUCCAGCCCCACAGUGGAGAGGAGAGGCAAGAAGACCAGUGAUACACUGCCUCUUACACCAUUCUCAGGAAAGAAGAAGGAACGUUUGUUUCACUUCCUGUUCGAGAUGCUUCAAACGCCUUCCAUGCGGAGCUGCAUCUGGUGGGUCCAAUCCUCCUCCGGAACCUUCCAGUUCUCAUCACAGAACAAGGAGCGGCUGGCCCAGCUCUGGGGCCACAGGAAGGGCAAUCGCAAAACCAUGACCUACCAGAAGAUGGCACGAGCCCUCCGAAAUUACAGCAGAACAGGCGAGAUCAGCAAAGUGAAGAGAAAGCUGACGUACCAGUUUAACGAGAGGACGCUGAGGGGUCUUCAGGCAGGGUGUUAGAGGAUUAUCCUGAAGUUUAACGAGAGGACGCUGAGGGGUCUUCAGGCAGGGUGUUAGAGGAUUAUCCUGAAGAUUAACGAGAGGACGCUGAGGGGUCUUCAGGCAGGGUGUUAGAGGAUUAUCCUAAAGUUUAACGAGAGGACGCUGAGGAGUUUUCAGGCAGGGUGUUAGAGGAUUAUCCUGAAGUUUAACGAGAGGAUGCUGAUGGGUCUUCAGGCAGGGUGUUAGAGGAUUAUCCUGAAGUUUAACGAGAGGACGCUGAUGGGUCUUCAGGCAGGGUGUUAGAGGAUUAUCUAGAAGGAGUUUAGUGAACAGAAGGACCUGUUUACCAACAGAACACAAAGGGCUCAUUAACUCACCGACCAGUUUAAAGAAGAUAUGUUAAGGGGCUUCAAGGAAACACGCUGACAGAAAAUGGCUACAUGAUUAGAAGAUACUUGUGCUACAAUGCUUCCCUGACUGGACACUGAGAUAAAUACUGAGUAUUUGUAAAAGAAACAGGAGGAGUGAUUCAAAUUAACAAGCCAUACAAGUGUGAGCCAGAAACCCUAGGCUGAGAAUCAGUCUAUUGUUAACUUUCCAAUGUACUCCAUCAUGCGCCAAUGAUUCUCAUCUUUCUUACAUUUUUCAAAUAUCAAUGUUUAUUCAUUAUUGGAAUCCUCCAAUAAUAUGCCAAUAUUUUAUUUUUAUUUCUAUCUCAACAGGACACAUUGUUAUCUUUUGCUAAGCAACUGAUUUUUGUAUGUCCAGACAAAACCAAUCUCUGAAGUCUCGUCUGAAUUCGUAUCAGAUUUCAUUUUAAAAGCACAUUUCCACUUUUGCUCUAUUUACCUGAACAUACUUGCUAUAUGUAAAAUAUGACAACUCAAAAGUUUUUUUCAAACUUUACAAUAAAACAGUCUCUCUUUGACUUUGGCAAUGACAAGAGUGUCAAGUAUUGGAAAGUUAGUUAAAGACACUGCCACUCUGACUUUUUGCUAGCUUUUGUGUUUGCAAAAUGUAAGGAUACACUUAGCAGGUGAAACUGGAGAUAUAUUUCAUGUAAAUCUGAGGAUUGCCAGUAUAUAUGAACUACUUCAUAAGUAGAUUUUGAAUUAAUCUUGAAAGGCAUUGAUUAUUUUAUUCACAUACAGACAAAGAUGUAACCAAUAUGGGUCAGUGGAUGUUUAUUUUCAAUAAUGUUUGGUCUUCAAUUGUUUGAUUCACUUGCAUAGAGAUCCAUGUGUUUUAAAAUAGUGUCUUGUAUCAUGUCAUUUUU